UGAAGCUAUAGCUAUUUGUGUUGUUUGUGUAUUGAUAUAGUGUUAAGUGUUUUUGCCUAUCUCAGUGCACAAGUUUUCUUUUAGAGGUCGGAGUUGGCGAGAGAAAGGGAUUGAGAGAACCAGCGAGAGAUUGAAAGAUGUUCAAAUACGGAGCGAGGUUGUAUCGUCGCUUCCGUGACUUAAGUGUUGUAGGUCGAUGUCGGAGUUCGUCUUUGUCUUCAGCUCCAGAGAGAGCGCUGCAAUACUCCAUCGGACAGAAGAUUCAUGGAUUCACCGUCACUGAGGUGACCUCUGUUCCUGAUCUUUUCCUCACUGCCGUCAAACUUGAGCAUGACGCCACUGGAGCAAAAUAUCUUCACGCGGCCCGCGAUGAUGCUAACAACCUCUUCAGUGUCCAGCUCCGCACCACUCCUAUGGAUAGCACCGGGGUGCCUCACAUUUUGGAACACACCGUCCUCUGCGGCUCUGAACGGUUUCCGUGUCGUGAUCCCUUCUUCAAGAUGCUCAACAGAUCCCUCUCUACGUUCAUGAACGCAUUCACAGCCAGUGACUACACCAUGUAUCCCUUCUCCACCCAGAACCCCAAAGACUUCCAGAAUCUUCUCUCUGUCUACCUGGACGCCGUCUUCUUCCCCUGCCUAAGAGAACAAGACUUCUGGCAGGAGGGAUGGCGCUUGGAGAACGCAGACACGCAGGAUCCCUCAUCCCCUCUGGUCUUCAAAGGGGUGGUCUUUAACGAGAUGAAGGGAGCAUUCUCAAAUAAUGAGCAGUUGUAUGCUCAGCACCUCCAAAACUUGCUGUUACCGGACCACACAUAUGCCCACGUGUCUGGAGGGGAACCGUUAGCCAUCACAGACCUGACCUGGCAACAGCUGAAGGAGUUUCAUCAGACACACUAUCACCCCAGCAACGCAAGGUUUUUCACAUAUGGAGAUCUGCCAUUGGAGCAGCACCUGCAGCAGAUAGAGGAGGAGGCUCUCUCUCGAUUCCAGAAGAUACAGCCUGACACGGCCGUGCCCGCACAGUCACCAUGGAACACACCGAGAGAAGCGAGUGUGUGCUGUGGACCCGAUGCCAUGGCUCCCGAUCCCGCCAAGCAACACACACUCACAGUCAGCUACCUACUGGGAGACAUUACUGACGUGUUUGAGAGCUUCGUCCUGAAUCUCUUGUCGUCGCUAAUGGUGACGGGUCCCAACUCUCCGUUCUACCGCACACUGGUCGAACCCGGGAUUGGCUCCGACUUCUCCUCCUUGGUGGGGUAUGAUGGCAGUACGCGUAAUGCAUCCUUUAGCGUUGGUCUUCAGGGGAUAUCCGUGGAUGACGCAGAUCGCGUGAAGCGAAUCAUUGACGAGACCGUAGAUGACAUCAUAGUUAAAGGGUUUGAGGAGGAGCGGAUCGAGGCUCUGCUGCACAGGAUCGAGAUUCAGAUGAAACACCAGUCGUCAAGCUUUGGACUCGCUCUGGCGUCUUACAUUGCGUCCUCUUGGAAUCAUGACGGGGAUCCAGUGGAGCUUCUGCGUAUCAGUCAGAACGUUGAGAGAUUCCGACAAGAAGUCUCCAACAACCCAGCGUUCCUCCAGGACAAAGUCCGACACUAUUUCAAGGACAACACCCACAAGUUGACGCUUUCCAUGUCGCCAGACGAGGGCUACGUUUCCAAGUUGGCUGACGCUGAGAGUGUGAAACUCGCCCAGAAGGUGGAGCAGCUCUCUGAAGAAGACCGCAAGGAGAUUCACCAGAAAGGUCUGGAGCUCUUGUCUAUGCAGACUGCUGUCCAGGACGCCUCGUGUCUCCCUGCUCUGCAAGUCAGUGACAUCCAGCCCACCAUCAAACCCACACACCUGGAGAUGGGGACCGCAGGUGGUGUUCCCGUGCAGUAUUGUGAGCAGCCUACUAACGGCAUGGUGUACUUCAGAGCGUUUUCUCAUCUCAACACGCUGCCAGAAGACCUGAAACCCUAUGUGCCUCUAUUCUGCAGCGUCAUCACCAAGAUGGGCUGUGGAGACAUGGACUAUAAGCAGCAGUCUCAGCAGAUGGAGUUGAGGACAGGAGGCAUGUCCAUCUCACCCCAGAUACUGCCAGACCACACACACAUGGACACCUACGAACAGGGGAUUCUGUUAACCUCGUCCUGUCUGGAGAGAAACGUGGAGGAGAUGUUUCACCUUUGGAGCGACAUCUUCAACAGUCCGCAUUUCGACGACAUAGAACGUUUCCGGGUGCUGGUCAUGUCAUCAGCUCAAGAGCUGGCCAAUGGGAUCUCGUACUCGGGUCAUGUGAUGGCGAUGACUCAUGCCGCUCGAACCCUCAGCCCGGCCGCUGAGCUGCAGGAGACAUUUCAUGGCAUGGAGCAGGUGAAGUUUAUGAAGCAAAUGGCAGAGACUCCGGACUUGCCGUCAGUGUUGCGCAAACUGGCUCGCAUUAGGAGGCACCUGCUCAACCCAGACAACAUCAGGUGUGCGGUGAACGCCGCCCCAGACAAGAUGGCCGCCGUGGCCGUCCAGACAGAGAGGUUCAUGGGUAAUGUGGCGGGAACCAGGAAGCAGCGCAAAUCCGUACGACCGCACCUGAUACAGAGACCCCUGGACCCAUCAGCAGAUCCCUCAUCCUCAUCAGCCACACGCACCCUAAUCUCAGAGCCCCAUUUCCAAGCGUGUCAGAUGAAGACUCACUACCAGCUGCCAUUCCCAGUCAACUUUGCCAGCGAGUGUGUCAGAACGGUGCCAUUCACACACCCCGACUACGCCAGUCUGUGUGUGCUGUCGCGCUUGAUGUCGUCCAAGUUCCUUCAUGGCGAGAUCAGAGAGAGGGGCGGGGCUUAUGGAGGCGGAGCCAGGAUGGGAGGAGGUGGACUCUAUUCAUUCUACUCUUACAGGGACCCCAACUCCACUGCUACCUUGGCGGCGUUCCGGAAAGGCGUGGAUUGGGCGCGCGAGGGGACGUUCACCCAGCAGGACAUUGACGAAUCAAAACUCUCUGUUUUCUCCCAAGUGGACGCCCCUGUGGCGCCGUCUGACAAAGGUCUGAGUGUCUUCCUGUCCGGUCUGAGUGACUCGAUGAAGCAGGAGCAUCGAGAACGACUUUUUGCUGUAACACACACCCAGCUAGUGGACGCAGCCGGCAGGUAUCUGGGCGUGGGCCAGAGUGUGUGUGCGUCGGCCAUCUUGGGCCCAGAGAACGCCGAGCUCAGCAAAGACCCCUCCUGGAUCCGCAAAUAGGACUCUUAAUUUGCAACAAACACACACACAUACAGGAAGUGAUGUCACACCCCAACAGGAAACUGGCUUUACAUUUUCAUCAAUGACCAGUGGCGCAGCCGGUUUACAUACAACCUAUUUUAAUCAUGCCUGCAGUUCACCUAAGGACGCUGUCAAGAGAACGCAGCCCAUUCAUUCUGAAUGGAGUCUGCACUCCUCCGUUGGCGCCCCUAGAGUGCAUUACCACCCAGAAAAGUGGCGAGUCUCUCUGCCAGCGGGUUCUCAAAGUGCUCGAGGGACCUCCAGUGACAUUACCUUUGACCUCCGGUGACAUUUCCAAGACAAGCUAGCAUAGGCUAUAUUUGUUACAUUAUUAUGAUUAUAAUUAUUAUUAUGCAGAGGCAAGCAUAUACUGUAUUUGUGACAUGGUUAGAAGGAUUUAAUUUCAAUAAAUCAUUCUAUCACUACAAACACGAUGGGCCGGUAAUUUACAUAAAAAUAAGCCUGAAUUUGUAGCAACAAGAAACUCUUGACAUGUACCAAACUGUGUACUGCUCCACUCGACUUGUUCCUUGGUCUGAAUAAGUUUGACAUACACAAACCUGGAGCCUUCUGGAUUCUCAAAUAAUACUUUUAAUUUGCAACACAAACACAGAGGAAGUGGCGUCAUACUCAUAGCCAACUCAGAAAGGUUGUCACACACAAUAGGAAGAGGAUUGAAGAUUCUCAUCAAAGGACCAUAUACUCUGGACAAGAAUGAUGAUCUUGAAGCGACAUCGUUCCAUUCCUGGAAAUAAGCUAAUUUAACACCUCCCUUUCAACUAAAUAAUCGAGCUUUA